AUAAAACUGUUUGUUUGAGAUCUUAACUGGUAUGACAAUGGAAGGGACCGCAUUUUUGAUCGAUCACUGGUGUUUUUCUAAUGGCAAAUCUCUUGAAUGAAUGAAAUUUUCAACGCCGAGUUGGUGUUGGUGAUGAACUUCCUCUAAAGUCCACAAAACAACAAAAGGUAUUCGAUUUCCGUAGCCUUUUCACAUGAAGAGAGUUUACCUCACUAUACAAAGUUGAAUCAGCUGGACGGCUCCUGCUUUACUGGGGGUUUGGAAAAGGAAAUUGCAACUCUUAAUUAUUGCAGGGCCUUAAUAUUCUUUCUUCUUAGAGGUCUGUAGCUUCAGAAUUUGUGUGUGUUGGUGGUGGUUUCUGGUUUGGCCGUAUUUAUUAAGUGUGGUUAAUUAAAUUAAUUGGCCUGUUUUGUAAACAAUUACAACAGACUCUUUCAGUUGUAGUCUUCAAUGGAAAUUUCAUCUAUUAAAGGGUUAUCAGAGCUGGGAUUAAUGGAGGAUUCUGGCUUCAUCAACCAGUGGCACAUGAAUUCUCUUGAUGAUUUCAACUUACUGCCGCUAGCUGCAGCUGCAUUUGGGGAGAAUUUACAGCACUCUUACACUCUCCCAAUGGCUCAUACAGCCAGUGAUAGACCCCUGAAACAGCUCAAAACAAACGCCUGGAAUUCACCACAAAUUGCUUUCAAUCCAACUGAUAUUCCUUCUGCCAAUUCAAGCGCAUUGAAUCAAAUGGGCAUUUUCAAGCCAAAAGAGGAGGAAGUAUUUCCUAAAAGCUUUAGUGGUCUUCCUGCUGAUAUAUUGACUUCUCAGGGAUCCAUCGGGCACCAAAAUUAUGCGUUUAAGGGGUGUCAGGGAAAUCGGAGGAGCAGCCCCGGAACUAGACUUUCUCAAACACAAGAUCACAUUAUCGCAGAAAGGAAGCGGCGAGAGAAGCUGAGCCAGCGGUUCAUAGCUUUAUCUGCUAUAGUUCCUGGCCUAAAAAAGAUGGACAAGGCUUCUGUUCUUGGUGAUGCAAUCAAGUACUUGAAACAACUGCAAGAGAAAGUGAAGACACUUGAGGAACAAACAAUGAAGAAGAGCAUGGAAUCUGUGGUGUUUGUGAAGAAAUCUCAUCUGUUUUCUGAGGGUGACAACUCCUCCUCAGAUUAUAAUUCACCAACAGGUCACUUCAAUGAACCAUUGCCAGAAAUAGAAGCAAGAUUCUGUGACAAAAAUGUUCUAAUAAGAGUUCACUGUGAGAAAAGAAAAGGAGUGUUUGAGAAAACUGUAGCUGAAAUUGAGAAGCUCCACCUAACUGUCAUCAAUAGCAGUGUCAUGACUUUUGGAACUUCUGCUCUUGAUAUAACUAUCAUUGCUCAGAUGGAUGUGGAAUUCAAGAUGAGUGUGAAAGAUCUUGUGAAGAGUCUACACACAGCUUUCCAAUAUUUCAUGUGAAAUAUUCUCUAUUUUCUUCUGCUAAAUUCCAUGGAAGACUAGGAAUAAUUUUACCCUUGAUAUAUAGAAUAAGUCAAAAUGUAGCUUUUUCAAACUUAUUGCAAACAAGGCCUGCAAUGUUGCACCAUUUUAGACCAUUAAACUUGAAGCUUGUUUGCUGUGAGGUUCACUUUGCAGAAGGGUUAAAUAUUUUUUUGCAUGGUUUAAAGUUUUUAACUUGAUAACCAUGUUUUCUUCUUCUCUACCCUCCUGUUUUAAAAGAGUGAUCAUCUCAUGGCUUGUUUGGGCAUUUUUCUGGGUGGUUGAAAAUUCAACUGGCCCUGUUUAUGUGAUGUCCCUUUCUUACCUAAGUUGUUGAAAAGGGAAACAAAAGAAAAAUGGUUUUUUUAGGCUAGUAGACAAACAGGCCUUUGUAGCAGUACUUUGGUCGGUGUUUUUUGUCAAUGUUUUUAGGGGCUAUCUUGGAAUUCUAUUCUUGAUGCCUCUUUUCCAUUGUAAUUUCAUUUGAUUUGUAACAGUCAGGUUGAGAAUAUUGAAUAAUAGUUUUUAUUUUCUA